UUAACCUUGUUUGAUAUAUCUGAUGAUAAAGUGAUAUUAUUUAAUUAAAUUGUGAAAAGAAAGUAUAAGAAUAUAGUAGAUUAAUUUUAUAUUACAAUAUUAUAUAAUUAAUAAGAUUUUUCUUGCUAUAUAAAAUUAAUUAAAAAUUUUUUUUAAAAAUUAAUGUUAUUUUUAUAAUGAAUCUCUAUGCUGAAAUUCAAAAAGUAACACAAAUACCUCAAACAGAUGAAAAUAUUGUAUUCAUACGUCGGAAAGAUUCUUAUGAACAAAAUCUAAAAUUAAAGAAGAUCAAAAUUCCACAAAAUGUAAAUUUAUAUGAUUUUAAUGAUACUAAUGAUAGCAGUGGUGAAAUGUAUAACACUUUACCUUCUAAGUAUUUAUUACAUGAAAAUGAAAUUGCAUCCAGUAUUAAAGAAGCUAAUUAUGGUAUUAAUUAUUCAAAUGAAUAUCUUCAAGAUCAUUGGAAAAUUAGACAAAUGGAAGCUAGUUUAAAUAUUAAAUCUAAGAAUCAUGACUGUAAAAAUUCAACUACAGAAAUUCAUAAUCAAAUUACUAUAUUAAAAACUGAUAAUAAAAAUGAUAUUGAUAGUAAAGAUAUUGAGGAUAAGGAAAAUAUUUUAAAAGAAUGUGGACUUCACAAAAAUGCGGUAAUUAGAAGCCUUUUAAAAAGCCAUAUAAUAUCAUUAAAUGAUUUACAAAUACCAAACAAUUGUAAAAAUAUAAAAAUUAAGAAUACCAAUCUGCAGAAUCAAAAUAUUUUUUCAUCGAAUAAUUUAUUACAAAAAGAUACUAUGAAAUUAGUUCAAUGCCCAGAAGAUCCAGAAGUAUUUGUUCAAUCUUUACAAGUUCAUGGUCAUAUAGAUGAAAAUAAAUAUAAUGAUAUCGAUUUUUGUGUACCACACAUAGGUAAAAAACAAGUUGUUACAUCACGACAAUUUUUUAUUAAUAUGGAUGAUUCUGAUUUUGAUUUUAUAAAAAAAAAUAUGGCAGAUAAAAAAUAAAUAAAUAAUAUUAAUGUUUAAAAAUAAUAUUUUUUUAACUUUAAAGA